CGCAUCAAUCGUUUUACGACAGUUUGACCUUCAAGUGCUCAAUCACGUCCUUCAUUCGAUGAAACCACUGGACCGUUACUCGACAUGAUAUCUAUGAAAAGGACGGCACGUGAUGAGGUAGAUUGUAAAUCUAGGACUCGUAGACAUUCAAAGAAAUCAAAGUCAACUGAUUGUCCUUCCACAAAGGCGUCAGGAAUUAAUAUCGGUUUAGACAAGUCAAAUCAAACGUGUAGCGUUAAGAAGGAAUAUUCCAAGAAUGAAAAGCUUGGUCGUAAAUCAAAAAAGAGGAUCUUACAAAAAUCUAUUUCUGAGACCAAAGGUAAAAAUCAAAUCUUUGUUUAAAAUUGAGUGACAUUUUCACUUCACAGUUAUCCUAUAAGUGUAUUCGACAAGUGCUUUGCCAAUAAAUAUUCUAUUUGGCUCAAAUAGUUUUAUGUAACUUAACAUAUGCAGUAAAAUAAACUCGAAAUUAUAUUCUGAACCUGAGAUCUGUUAAUAAUACCUUAUUACUUUCAUAAUAAUACAGCGGCCGUAGUAUUCUAAGCUUAACAAGUGACAAAUAGGGAUGCUUUAAUAUGUAUUAACAAAAAUCUUAAAGGUAAUGUACCGUAUAACCUUCGUUAAUACAUUAAAGGGGAGACGAGUUUUUAAAAAAAACUUAUUGAAAGCUAAUAAAGGAAGAAACGUUGACUAUAAGCAAGAGUACGGAUUAAUUUUAAAACUGCAUAAAAUUGUAAUGAGUCAAACCUCUUAAGUGAGCCUCCACAAAGCUUCCUGAAUUGUGAAGUUUUUUCUGUGGAUGCUACAGCCUACAAUCUAUGGCGAAGGCGGGAUAUCCGUCUACCAAUUAAGGGACGAGUAUACUGAGCAGCAGUUCGUUCUGUUCUACUUUACGGCUGCGAAACGUGGCCAUUAAGAGUGGAAGAUACUCGUAAACUACUAGUGUUUGAUCACAGAUGCCUUAGAAAUAUUGCUGGGAUCACCGGGUAAGUAAUAGUGAGGUUAGAUACAGGGUAUUAGGGAAUGAUGGUAAAUCUGUUGAUGAGGUUGUGAAUCUUCAUCGACUGAGAUGGUUGGGCCACGUGUUACAUAUGCCUGAACACUGAUUACCACGACGUGCAAUGCUGACCGUUGUUCGGGAUGGUUGGAAGAAAGUGAGGGGCGGCCAAACCAAAAUGUGGCAUCAGUCUUUGAAGUCACUAACUUCUAGUCUUAGCCAUGUUGGUAGGUGCAGACUACUACGAACGGUUGGAAACUGGGGUGACAUGGCUCAGAAUCGAUCACAAUGGUGUCGGUUUAACACUCUAUGUCUUCCCUCAAUCUAUGAGAUUAAAAUUGCUUUAUAUCUUUCUACGAACUAAUUCUUUCUUCCUGUAUUAUAUCCUUAUAUGCAAUCUUUCUUUUAUAUAUUACCACCAUUGAAUUAACUACUUCUAUGAAUCCGGUGUUUAUCUUGUGCUAAUGAGGUAUUACAACUUGGACCGAUGCAUAUAUGUGCCCGGUCCUACGUUGUAGUUGACUGAGGACUUGAAAUUCCUCAAGAUUUCUUACAAGACGUCUCCUUCCUUUUCCUAAAUAUUGGUAUGAUUAUCUGGUAACAAUAGAAAUUCGUAAUUGUAGGGUUUAGAAAGCUUUUGUUAUAAUUCAUCAUGAUUCGCUACCUUGCUAUAUCUCGCCCCUGUAACAAUCUCAUUUCGUCUCUAUAUUUUAACUUUAAUGUUUCUGUUAACUAAUAAUUUUUUUCCCGAAAUACUCUGCAGUAUCCGUUCUUUUUAACAGAAAGUCGUCCGCUUUUAUUCACUUGGAUAUUUAAUGUUCACAAUACUAAUAGGUUUUAUUGCAUUAAUUUGUUUCUGUGUUUUGUGUAAAAUUUCUGUAUGUUAGUGUUACGUAGUUUUGCGUUAAGUUGUUUAUAAGCUACACAGAAAAGCGUUUCAAUAGAAAUAAUUCUUAGUCCUUGAACUUAUUUUAGCUGAUCAGCAAACAAAGAAAAUUUUAUCACUUCGUUUUAUGCUUUCUUUUAAAUAAAACUUUUUAUAAACGCACGCGAUUUUUUACGAUUAAGAGCUAACACAUGGGACACCAAAGUUGUUGCUUACCAGUCUACCAUGCAGUGUCAGCCAAACCAUUUUGAAGGAUAUUUUUCCAUCAGUUAUUCAUUUGAAUUUGCGUAAUACAGCUGGUUCGAAGCACGCGCUUUUAGACUUUUCAAGUAAUGACGAUUACUUAGAUGCUGUGAAUCGUUUAAAAUCAAUUGAAUUUGAUGGUGUCAAAUAAUCUCGAUUUUAUUGUUUAUUUUUUUCUUUUCGGCGAAUUCAUUUUCAAAGCUGUACAAUCGCUGCAUUGCCGAGGCAAUAGCCAUACAUUUUGAAAAACCAGAAUUAUGUGUACAAAAGAGACUGGUACAACCUCUUCUUCUACCAUGGUCUUAAUGUAUUAAAUAAAAGAUUUUUAAAAAAUUUCUCUUUCUUCAUACUCUUGUUCCCUUACAGCCACCUGCUUCACCUUCCAUCUUCCCUUCAAAUCUUCUACCCCCAACCGGUUUGUUUUUAUUUCCACGAUCAUUCCGAUCACAUUUCAUCUCUGUUUCAACAUUUUAUUUUAUCAUGCUGAGCCAUCAUUACCCAAUGAAUACUUCAGCCAUUAACUAUCAAACGAUUAUUAAACUUUCCUUGUUUAAAAAUUUUUUUACCUUUGUUUAUUUAAUCUCACUGUCACCAUGUAUAACAGAAGUUUAUUAUCAGUAUUAUUAUCACCCUGUAAAAAUAAGUAUAUAUAUUUGCGAUUGUACAGCUUUGAAAAUGAAUUCGCCGGAAAGAGAACUCUUCGCUGAACUAAUCUUUCUUAUUUAAUGUCAUAAUGGGUGUAUUCCGUUUAUUAUUUUCUGUCUACUGGUCACAAUUUGUUUUGUGAGGUGUACUUACAAAUAACUUUUUGUCACUUGUUAUGUCGCUUAUUUUCUAAGUUUUGCGCUCUUCGUUGUCGAAUGGAAUAUGAUGUUCAGGAUAAAAUUUUCGAACAUGAAUUUUAACAGUUGGGUCUCAUGUCGAAAUUUCACUCUUCAUCCCUUUUUAGUUUUGUCCAUCUGUUAGUAUUUAUAGUCGUCGCACAAGUAAUAUGGUGCUUUUUAUCUAGCGUUAAGUUUGUUACUAUCAUCAAAGCACUUUGUUAUAAUCUUUUUCUUACGGUAUGACCCAGCUAUACCUAUUGCUUAAUAUUCUUGGACACCGAUUCACUCGACAAGUCCCCAAAUCAGAACACGGUUGAACAGGAAAGAGAUUAUAUUCCAAAUAACAAGGUUAGAUGGAAGCAAGAAGCAAGUAAGAAGCACAAUAGGGAAAACGUUAGUACAUUUAUAGUUUUUACAUGAGAAGAUUCUACAGUAUUCUCCAACUAUCGACUAGUGCUGAUUGGAUAAGAAUUAGCCAAUCAGCGUGCACCAAAGCGAUCGUGCAUUGAGCAUGCUUUAAUCCGGUCUAUGUCCUGCUAACACACUUCUUAAACACUGAGCACUUAAACUAAACAUCUUCAGGACACCUUCAAAUUGAUCAAAGAAAUCAAAAUCCACAGUUUACAAAGCAUUUGAGCAAUAUAUAGAUCCUCAUUUAAUUAGUCAUCAACAACCUAGGAUCGGGAAAAAAUGUGACGGUUCAAUUCAGCAUACUUAAACAUAAUGAAAUUUAGUAAACAAAAUGAAAAGGAGAUAAAAAUCAUUAUACCAAUGGCGAGUAAAGGAUUCCAUAUAAUUAGUUCCCUUCAUAGACAUUAUUUUUGGUUUACAAAAUGGAUAAUCAAAAUCAUAACAAUAGUAAAGUAAGCGCAAAAAAUAUAGUUUUAAAAAAUCAAAGCUUCGGCAAAAUGAUGAAAUAUUUUAGCUUUCUAAACAAAGAACGAAUACAUCUACACUGCCUCGACCGAUCUCAAACCAUUUCACCAAAGUUCAUCAGUCAUUGAUGAUUCUCACUAUGAGGAUACCGACGUAAAUGUUCACCACUAAUGACAUAACUCGGUCUAACAGUUAGUAAUAUCGUGGUUUGACUGUCUGUAACGUUUUUACAGAUCCCGAAGUGUCGGCGAUGUUUAGAUUCAUGAAUUCCAAUGCAUGAGUUUAUAUUGUAAAACAAUCGAGAGACAGUCGUACGUGAGUAAAAAUUUCAUUUUUCAGAUUAGGUAAUGUUGUGCUCUUACCCUACCUUAGUACCUACAAAUUUUUAACGAAAUAAAUGUUCAUAAAUCUCCUUUUACUUUUGUGUUUUGUUUUUAUUCUUUGGAAGGAAAGUGUAUUAUAUUUAAAGAAUCACCAGAAAGUUUGAAGAAUAUUUCUGUGUUAUACUUAACUUUCAAGCAAAGCUUAUCCUUACAAAUAAUAAUAGUCAUGAUAAUAUUAAUGCAACUUGCCAACCAAGUGCAAAUUAGUUUACUUAGCUUUGAACCACAUUUAUCUGAGAAUUAGUGAUACUAACCAACUGCCCAAACGAAAGUAAAUGAAGUGCAAUUUGAGUUUGGGACCUAGUGGUUUAACGUUUGGUUUAAUCACUAAACUUACCACUCUGAUCGUAUUCACAAUCAACUAUUAAACUAAAUACUACCUCAGUCUUGCAUCAAAUAUAUGUCUAAAUAGUCGCUGCACACGCUUCAAUUUAUUCAUGUGCCCUUUUAAAAAAUAUUAUUUGUUAUCUAGCCAAAUUAUCGAGCCAUCGUUGGAUUCACAGAAAAUGUAAUCCAGUCUAAUCUGUCAAGACAAUUUGUAACUAAUAGUCCUAAUUGUUUAAUCAUACGAAACUUGCCAUACUCACUAACUGCAACUGAGAUUAAAGAACAUUUCCCCAUGGCCAAUCGUGUUCAUUUAGGUGUAAAUAAGUUUGGAAUAUUCAAUGGUUCAUGUAUAUUAGAAAUGAAGAAUAAGGAAGAUCUUCAAAUUCUUAUAAAUGAAUGUAAACAUAAGUAUAUUAAUAAUCGAGUGGUUAGAGCAAAUCUACAAUGUAAAUCCAAAUCGGAAUCGUCCAAAUCUCCCGAUGCAAGUAUGAGUUAUGGUUUGAAACUUAAAGAAGUACCCAAUGUGAUUGAAGAUGAUCAAAUUAAAGCAUUAUUUCCCGAAACAUCUUUGACUGGUUUAAGCUCGGCACCACUUAAAGAUUCCAAUACUAGAAAUGUGUUCAUCUUCUUCAAAAAGAGUGCUCAGCGUAAAGCGGCUUUUAAGAUGUUCAAGAAUGAAGUUAUCAUGGGUUAUCCAAUUUCCUGUCGAUUAUGGGUUCCUACUAAUCGAAGGCAUAAAUCACAAACAAAGAAUAUAGAGGAGAAAGUGAACGAUACAGUUCUAAAUUAUAACUUACCCAAGUCAAAUGAACUCGGUCAGAAUGAAAUAAAAUGGAAUAUGGAAAAAUGUAGGAAUAUGUCUUCAUCCUUUCCCAAGAAGUUAGUAUUUGAAUCUGAUGGUGAAUAAACAGUGGAGACAGGAUUUUUUCCAACACCUGUUUUACGGACGAUUAUAGUAGCGAUACACUGAGGAAAUUAUACUAGUUAGAGUAAAGAACAACCUGAUUAUUUGUACAAAGUCACUUUGAUUUAACAAAGAUAAUUUUGAAAACCUUACGUAUUUACUUUGACUUACCAAAGUAUUCUCAUCAUCCUCAUUAAUGUUAGCUAACGGAAGUUCCGUCAUCCUAGAAUACUUUUUUCCUUAUCUACAUCUUAGUUUCGUGUGCUUGCACAAUUAUACUAAGUAUAUUUAACCCUCACUUGGCUCACUGACGAGUACCUGUCAUUUGUGAAUGCACGGAUUGGUCAGAAUGCAUGGCCACCAAACGAUUUACAAGAUGCAAUGCUUAUGGAGAAGGUUUCAAUCUGCAUUCUAGUGAGAGCUGAUAACUCAGUGUGUUAUUGCUAGUACUUUUAUAGGGGGUUCAUUUGUGGAAAAUGUGUAACCUUUUACUGAUACGUUUACGUGCUGAUUUCGUAAUAACCAGGAAUCUCAUUUCAAACACCGGACAAAGAAACCUUACUCCGUUCCAUGGUUUGUCCGUGUAAGAAAAUCAAUACAUUUGUAGAUUUAUAUGACUACCAGCUCCUGGGAACUGUUCGUUCUGUUGAUUUCAGAUCUUUUGAAGGGUCCUGAAGAACAAUGAUUAGUCCUACGGUUUUCGUGGUUUCUGAAUACUUCGGGGGUAUAAUCGGUGAUUUAUGGUACCUUCCAUAUUUAGUGUUUCCGAGGAGAUUUAACAACAUUUUGGUUACUAUGCAUGAAACACGAACGGUCGAUCAUUAGUCAACAAUGAAAGUGCCGCAGGGUUCCCACUUAUUAUAGAGAGCUUGACACUUGAGUUAUCAUAAAAUACUUGUCUUUUCCAUCAGUACGGCUUUUGUAAACGGAAGUUGCUUUGCUUAUAAAUUGUUCGUCCACUGACCAAUCCCUGCAUACUGCAUCCAGAUGUCCCCCUGUCUACUUGCGUAGAUGUACGCGUUGAUGAUGAGAAUUAGACAAAUAUGAUUACUCCCCAAGGGUUUUUAACAAGUUCCAAAUGCGUCUUCAUGACUUAUCCUCUGUAUUUCUUGGGAUCCAGUAUUCGCUGUAGCUCUUGUGUUAUGUGGUACAAAGUUCUCGCAAGAGUAUUUUGGUUCUUCUGGUAUCACUGAGUUUAUCUAUAUCAACAUGGAGUAAGUCAUACCUUCUGAACAGUAAGUUCGAUGUAGUACCAGACGACGAAGAAUGGAGUACCUGUGAUUUAACUAUCUACCUAGAAAUUUGAGGCGGUACUUACGGUCAUUCUUGUUUCACAAAUGUUUCCGGUAUUUAUAAACUGGCAUGGGAAGUAAGCUAACUAAUUCCAACCAAAUAUUAACGGGACCCUGUUUGAAGAGCUUCGAAACUGAAAGCAUUGAAGAUAAAAGUAAACAACGAAAAUGUUUCAGUCACGAUGUUCUGUACUUUUCGAUAAUGCUUAGUUCAUCGGAUGAAAAGACACCGAGCCUCAGUCGAAUCGACCUGUUAUGUUGAAUGACCACAACAUUGGGGAACUGCUCACUUGAUGUUGAGUUGUUUCACCAUCGGUUGAGGUCGAAAUUAGACAAUUUAUCAAUACACGACUGCCUGUCUAUGACUCAUAAUUAUAGCAUUUCUGCGGCCUAUCUUUAUAAAUACACUUCCAUUCUUGUGGGAUUUCAGUACGAUAUUACAGUCACCAGGUUAAUGUGAGAAGUAAUUAUUUAGUGAAGUUUUAGAGCAGGUGUCAACAACAAACCUUACCCAAAUGACCCGCUAAACUGGUGGUAUCGCUAUUUUGGGAGGUCGAAAGCUAGGUGUAAGAUAAUAUGUCUACACUUGUCAGUCUCAGUAUUGAUGAGUUGAUGUAGUUCUACGGUGGGGUCGAAACAUUCAAUAUUAUGUUCUUACUUUGUUUGCUGGCAUUUGUUAUUCUUCGCAUGCAUAUCUGAUGAGACUUCAGAUGCUUUUUGAGGACAUUGAAGAAACUGGACUUCCUGGCCAUCAUGUUCGGGUGGAUUAGAAUGUUACCAGGAAUUACAUCCGAAGUUAUUGACUUUACGUUUUAAAAAGGCACAGCGUAGAAAAAUCUCAUUAUACACCAUGGUAUACAUUUCCGCAUCUUUUUUCUGAUUAAAAGCGCGAAAAAUAUAUAGUGUUUCGUACCGAUUUGUAUAUGUGUUUCGUGUAUAUUCAUGUGAUUAUUUAUUAGUUUUUCUAUCCGCAUACAUUUUCGACAUAGAUGUUACUAUUGGCGUGCUAACCUACAUUAUACAUUAAAGCUCUGAACUAUGCAAACCCACUAAUCUCUUCUUACAGUAGUUUAUUCUUUCAUCAAUACACUUGUGAGGUUUAGAAGCAAGAUGAUGUUGCUAGAGUAAUAAACUUUACUUAAGUUUUUGAACUUUCCAUCGUGUAACUACCUAAUCUACAAGAGCUUACGUCAUAGCUUCACUAUUGUCUUUGCUGACUCCCUCCUUUAUUAUACUAAGUGUCCUUGCUUACUGAUGGAAUAGGAUGAUAUGUACAACUACGAUGAGUUAAGGAGUGGUCGUGAGGCCGUCGAAAUGUCACUCUGAUCAUUGCAUGUCUAACAGUCUCGUGAACACCGUCAAGUUCAAGGGAAGACAGCGCCAACCACUAAGUUUCCACAUCAUGAACAGCCAAAUUCGCGGUGUUCCCACUCUGUUUAUUAUUAUUUUUGCGUCAUACGUUCAUCCAAGUAUCCACAACACCUCAAUACAAAAAAAGGUAUUUGAAGUUAAGCAAUAAUCCCGAGGUUUGACAUCAAUAUAAGCUGAGAGGUAAUGACAUUCCUGUCCAACGCAAGCAGUGUCUCAAACAAGGAUGCAGUUCACGUCGGACUCACCAGUGUUGAUUACCAAAGCAAGUGAUUUAUAUCGCUGAUUGCGGUGAUAUUUGCGUUGAACAGGAAUAGCAUUACCUCUCAGCUUACCAUGAUGACGAAUGGAAAAUGUUCGACGUACUGUGAUCACUACCUCAUGACUAAGCCGGCACGACCGAGACACGAACCUGUUUCCACGAUGAACCUCAUCGAAGUUCAACUAUUUGUCAAAUACUCAACGGCCCAUUUAAAUCUAUGAAGUUAUGGUCUACUGAAUUUGAAGUAUGGUUUGUAGAAUUAUGGUUCAGUUCGUUUUUAGUACUACUACAAAAAUAGACCUAAUCCCAACAUUGUAGAUAUAUCAUGGUGUGAUUACCUAAUCUAUAAGAUCUUACGUGGAAGUCACAUAAUUACCUACACUGACUCCUCUUAUCGCAACAAUCAGCAAUAUGAUGUUUGGUGUUUAUAAAGAACAUAUUUAGGUUGGAGAUAAAACAAUAUAUUUAGCAUGAAUAGAAAAGAUACGUUACAAAAGAAUGAUCACGCCUGCAAGACUCAACCAUACCAUCCGGUUUAAUCUCGAAUGAGUGUUCCCGCGUUCACCAUUAUUGACCUUUUCUUAGCGUUAUAUGUUGAGAGCUUACUUAACCAGUUAUCUCAUGUUAAGGUAUGAGGAUUGUGUGGUUAGGGCCAAUACCAUUACAGGUUCACUAUGUAGCAUGGUCAUUACGCACUCCUAUACGAUUGAUCGUCACCUCACUCCACAAACGUUAUGACUGAUUCCUAAAGCAAUCCACUUAUCAAAACACUUGAUCAACGCACAACCAGCACGUUACACAAUUCGUGAUUCCUUUACAAUCAUGAACUUUACGAGUGUGAUCUACUAACUCAGACUGAAAUAUGUUUUCUGAAACAGUUUGUAUAACACCUUCAGUGUUUAGUCAUCAUACAAACCCAAAAAAUCUUUUACAUUACUCCACGAAAAUGUGAGAUUAGUAUUGAUCAAAAACAGCAAAAGUUCGAUUCUUUUACAAAAGUACUGAGGCAGGCGUGUAUUUUUGAGUGGGUAGAUCCUGACACGGUUCCAUUUUCAUAACUUUGAACUGGGAUACAAAAAAUGACACACCUCAGGUAUUUCUGUACCCGAGGAGUUCGAUGGCUCCUCUGACUUGCCGGAAUAUGGUUAAAGAUGGAAAUAUGUAAAAUAACUGUCUGGUUAAAAUGCAUCAGAGGUGAAACCUAACAUUUAAUGUUCGUCAUUGUAGUUUAGUUCUUAAAAAUCGUGAUGAUCAGAGGUAGUCGAAUUCGGUAUGCUAACUAGUAAUUUACACAAAUGUCAGAAUCGUAUCCUUGUAGUCAUCAAUGGAUCAUUAUUUUAGACGGAGAGAAUUUCAUGUACCGAAUAUUGGUAUGGGUGAAAAGAUAAUACCAGGUUAAAUCUGCCUAUUCAACCUUGAGUGGCUUUGUUCAAGGUGGGCGUUCCAUAUUUGAAGUGCUCACUGUUGGUUAAGCUUAUGUUAACUUCUACGAAUUCGUAGUGUUCGAACAAUUAAGUCUGAAAACCUAAAACAAAUGCGUUUAAAAUAACUGUGUGUUAUCAUUCUUCAGUACAAACACUGCUCUUGUUUCCGGGUAAUUGGAAAUCGUGUCAAUUUCCAAAAAAACGAUAUAUCAGUAAGUAUAAUAACAUACAAUUACAAGGACUGUUUAUUUAUGUUGGUAGGAGAUUGUCUAGCGCUAGCUGUCAAGCUUUCAGAUGCCUCAAUGUUUCCCUUGAUGUGAGCAAAGAGUUUAGACAGCUGAUGCUGAACAAACUUUCCUUGUUUAAGUUGAUUUCCUAAGAGAGUGUAACGAAUUUCAACGCGUAAGAAGGCAGCUCGACUGCUUUGUAGAUUGCUCACACUAAACAUAUGCAAUUGGAAAGAUUGAAGUUUAGUGCGAGCGAAUCCUUAAAACAGGUAAGAAGUCGAUUUUUUAAUGGUAUGCUAGCCCAGGAUUCCUCAUGACAUCAAUCUGAAUUAUCAUUAAAAAUUGUAUUGUCACAUGCUUAGCAUUGUAUUGCAUUUCAAUCAGUGUAUAAUUAAAAUACUAUUCCUAACAAAUAUUUGGUUUCCACAUCAUUAUAAUUAUAGCGGUAUGAGAGAACAGUCUGUUUGAAUAUUGGUAGAUGGGGCUUUGGCUCCUGCGACUAGUUGUGGUACUGUAGUGGACGAUAACACAGGCGGGGACAACCAAACGUAUUCGAAUACAAAAUCACAGAAUCACUUGGUAAAAUCUGAGAACGAUACAAUAAGUAGUUCAUUUGUAAAAUGUCAAUCAACUGUCUCAGACUUGAUUAUUCUUUUGUUCCCAAAUCAAUCAUUUUCGUUCUCAUUUCUUCAAUCUUCCUAAUAUUCUGAGGCCAGACAUUUCACUUUCGAUUGAUGAUAAAUACUACUUAUAUCUGUUGACACCAAUAGCACACACCACAACACUACGUUUUAACAGCUGCCAUUUGUAGGGCAACACACAAGAAAAACCUCUCUUAUUAUUCAUUUUCUAAGCCAUCGUUUCUACGACACGGACUCUUUGAAGUUCAUUCAGGGCACAUAAUCAAGAGACCUAUGAGUGUGCUUAAGGCAAGUGCCUAUGAUCAUUAUCAGAAACAUUUCCAACGAUGUAUUUAGGAAAAUGACUAGAGUUUAUAAUGUAUUUACCUAUUCAAACUGUCGGGCAACCAACAAUAUGUGGGUUAGACCUUUAGGUCAAAGGCUCGGGUUGUGGCCCCCUAAGAUAACCACCUGCUUCGGUUUGGGCACCCGCGCAGUAUCACAG